UAGAGUUAAGGAGAAUGAUUCAUUUGACAUAGCUAAACGGGUUUGGAGUGUUUUUUACACACACAAUAGAAGGCUGCUGGAAGGUUGUGUCAACAAAGCAGGACGCACGUUGUUCCCAUAAACCGAGAGAGCAAAUGUUGACGCCAGGACAACAAGACCUUCUGACAGAAAGCCUGAGCACCACGUGAGCUUGUGACCUUGGACGCUGUGCUAUAAAAGACGGACGCCCAGCAAGCCAACAUGUCCACUCGUGCUCGUCCAGCCAUGAAGACGCUCCACGUGUCCAUCAUCGUCAUCAUGUGCGUUUCGGCUCGGCCAUCUUGCAGACCGCCUGCUCAGCCUGGGUGUGCCGUGAAGGGCAACAUGACAAACAUUCUUGCCUCCAACAACACCUCACACCAUUCAACCAACUACACCCAAAACCUCACCUCCACCCUUGCAUCCAACCACACCUUCAUUACGUCCAACCUCACCUCCACCCUUGCAUCCAACCACACCUUCAUUACGUCCAACCUCACCUCCACCCUUGCAUCCAACCACACCUUCAUUACGUCCAACCUCACCUCCACCCUGGCAUCCAACCACACCUUCAUUACGUCCAACCUCACCUCCACCCUUGCAUCCAACCACACCUUCAUUACGUCCAACCUCACCUCCACCCUGGCAUCCAACCACACCUUCAUUACGUCCAACCUCACCUCCACCCUUGCAUCCAACCACACCUUCAUUACGUCCAACCUCACCUCCACCCUUGCAUCCAACCACACCUUCAUUACGUCCAACCUCACCUCCACCCUGGCAUCCAACCACACCUUCAUUACGUCCAACCUCACCUCCACCCUUGCAUCCAACCACACCUUCAUUACGUCCAACCUCACCUCCACCCUGGCAUCCAACCACACCUUCAUUACGUCCAACCUCACCUCCACCCUUGCAUCCAACCACACCUUCAUUACGUCCAACCUCACCUCCACCCUGGCAUCCAACCACGCCUUCAUUACGUCCAACCUCACCUCCACCCUGGCAUCCAACCACACCUUCAUUACGUCCAACCUCACCUCCACCCUGGCAUCCAACCACACCUUGUUUACAGCCAAGGAGACGUCUGCAUCGGACUUCAUCGCCCGUCAUCUUCCAACGGGUGUAAGCUUAUCCACCAUGAAGGACUGUCCACUGUCCACCUGCGCCACAUCGAACCUUGGCUCCGCCCUACAACAUGGUGACGAGAAGGCUGGCCAAUCCACAGUCAGCGCAGACGGCUUUGGGCGUAAAUGAUAGCAUGCUUCCAGCUCAUCUUCAUCAUCACCGCAGGCUGGCUCGUUCCAAGUAGUGUUGCCAUGGCGAUGCUCAGGGACUCCUCCAGCAUCGCUAUUUAUUGACCUUCAUUCUUGUGCAUGUGUAGUGAGUGGUUGUGUUUGUGGAGUUUGAAGCUUUUUAGCUAGUUGAUGCUAAGCUAAAGCAUCUGACACCAAAGCAGCUGAUGCGAAGCUAAAGCUAAAGCAGCUCACGCCAAGAUAAAGCAGCUGAUGCUAAGCUAAUGCAGCUCACACUAAGCUAAAGCAGCUCACGCAAAGCUAAAGCAGCUGAUGCUAAUCUAAAGCUGCUGACGCUAAGCUAAAGCUGCUGAUGCUAAGCUAAAGCUGCUGAUCACUAAUCUAAAGCAGCUGAUGUUAGCAGAUGCAAAUCUAAAGCAGUUGAUGCUAAUCUAAAGCUGCUGACGCUAAGCUAAAGCUGCUGAUGCUAAGCUAAAGCUGCUGAUGCUAAGCUAAAGCUGCUGAUCACUAAUCUAAAGCAGCUGAUGUUAGCAGAUGCAAAUCUAAAGCAGUUGAUGAUAAUUUAAAGCAGCUGACGCUAAGAUAAAGCUGUUGAUGCUAAGCUAAAGCAGCUGACUAAGCUAAAGGAGCUGAUGCUAAUCUAAAACAGCUGACAAUAAUGUAACGCUGCUGAUGCUAAGCUAGAGCUAAAUCAGUUGACACUAAUCUAAAGUGGUUGACGCCAAGCUAAACGGCUGAUGCUAAUCUAAAGCAGAUGAUGCUAGCAGAUGUAAAUCUAAAGCAGUUGAUGCUAAGCUAAAGCAGCUGACGCUAAGCUAAAGCUGCUGAUGCUAAGCUAAAGCAGCUGACACUAAGCUAAAGAUGCGCUAGCUGGUCUGGAAAGUCUUCAUUCAAUGACAGCACAAUAACACAACUUCUAUCACGUGAUUUUUAUACACACUAUAGGCUGUGUGUAGUGUAUUAUGUUAUACAUACUUAUGUUGUGUGUGUGUGUGUGUUAUUGGUUAUAGUGUUUAGUUGACACAAAUAAGAACGUCAGUACCAUUUUUUUACUUUUGUAUUUGUAAUACUAUAAUAUUACAUAUGUAUGUCAUUAAAUGAAUAAUAGCGC